AUGCGGCACGACCACAAUGUAGCAAUUGCCGAACCCAAAGUCGCGAAUGUGUUUAUCACAUUGAAAUACCUCGAAAACGGUACGCAAUUGAUCGUCCGUCGGCCUGGUCGCGCUGACCAAGAUGUCUGUAGACCCACAUUUUCCCAGAUCACCAGAUUGCAACGCGACGCGUCUGCUCUGAAGGCGUUUAUCGUGACUCUCAAACGUAGUGGCCCGCAAGAACGUGAACAAUUACUGUUAUCUGCCGUUGAUGAUGACGGGAACAUUAAGUUACCAGCGUUGGCGGACAAAAGCCCGUCCAAGCAAACUCAACAUUCCUCAAUAGGCACUCCGUCGCGACGCGUCGAAGACCCGGCGAUCGUAUCUGAUGAUGAGCUCGACAUCGCAAAUUUCGUGUCUAUUGACGAUGCUGGUGAGACGAAUAGCUUUGGCCCUUCAUCUGCACUGCAUAAUCCAGCUGGAAUUAGUCCGAACAAGACUACACACAGUCGCGCGACACCAAUUGAGAAUGUCAAGAAUAGCUUGAUAGCAAACGCUGCUCUGCAAAGACACUUGGAGUAUGGACUGCUCAAACAUUCCUCCAUCGCUGAAGUGCCGAUCGAACUGGCGAUGCACCUACUCAACCUCCACUGGGAUCGUCAACAUCACACGUUUCUUCUCACCUAUCGACCCGCUGUCAUGCGCGAUCUGCAAUGCUCAGGCCAAUACUGCUCUAUCUUUAUGCUCAACGCCAUAUUCGCCUGCUGCAGCAAGUUCUCGCCUCGACCCGAGGUACGAGAAGAUCCCAAUGACCCUUCAAGCGCUGGUCUUCAUUUCUUCAACCGAUGCGAUGAGCUUCUUGCCAAGGAUUCUCUUCUGAUGCGACCGCAUAUUACAACCACCAUAGGACUUCUUCUACUGGGUUCAACGUACAAUGCCCGUGGAGAGACUUCGAAAGGGUGGCUGUAUACCGGGUAUGCGCUACGAAUGGUCUAUGAUUUGGGUCUACAUCUAGAUCCUAAGCAGAUAACCGAUGACCCUGAAGAAAUUGAGAUCAAGCGACGCGUGUUUUGGGGUGCGUUUGUCUGCGAUAAACUGCAGAGUCUCUACAUGGGUCGGCCCGUGGCUAUAAACCUCUGCGACUCACGCGUGUCACGCGAGUUCCUCGAUCUGUACGAAGAGACGGAACCAUAUCAUCUUCCUGUAGUGGCGGCAGAAGCCACUCCCGAUUUAUCCAAGGGCCUAGGCACAGCAAUACCGAGGUACUCCGUAUCGACUUUCCAACAAUUAUGUCUCUUAUCUAAGAUAAUGACUACCAUCACCAACCGAUUUUAUGUGGUUGGGGCUACCUUCUCCAAUGCACAGAACAGUCUUCUGAAGAUUGAGCAAGCGUUGCAGAAGUGGCGAGAGGACUUGGCUCCUGAGCUUGACUUCCAGCCCUGGCUACCGGAGGGUACACAAUCCCAGACUCCAAACAUCAUGGUCCUGCACAAUGUGUACUAUUCCCUCAUAAUCCUUGUUCACCGACCAUUUAUUUCGGAUGGGCAUCUUCGCUCAACUGGUACACCUGCACGGUCUUGGGAACAAUGCACAAACGCAGCAAAAUGUAUCACCAGUAUCGCAUCAGUUUACAAGGCGACAUAUGGCCUUAGUGGCGCGCCUUAUGUUCUGGCAUACACGGUUUACGUGGCGUGUACUAUACACGUCCGCAACGCGGCUUCACAACACCACAAGGAAGAGCAUCUGGAUUUGCUAAAAAAGAGUUUGGAAUGCUUGGAUCAGCUUUGCACUGCGAACCCCGGUGUUGCGAAACCGGCUAAUAGUAUCAGGCGGUUGAUUGAAGCCAACCGCUUGAGCCUGACAUCAGGUGAGUCAAGACAUGCUUAUCGGACUGCACGCGUAGGGUCUGACAGACAUUCAGAAGAGGGUAACUCGGCGGCGGAUGCAAAUAUCUCAUUUGACCUUGACGCAAUUCACAGCACGUUUAAUUUUGCCGAAUGGCCUUAUCCAAACGUGGAGAUGACUGCUGGCGAUGCAGAUUACGGUUUGCCACUGGAUCCGUUGUUCGGCUGGAUCAAUGUGCCGACCCCGUCGAUGGAUCAAGACACAACUCUGCCGUUUCUGUAG